UUCCUGGAGCAGCUGCAGUGUAGGGGAUGCUCUGACUACCCCCGUGCCUCUCCCUGCAGCCUUGCAAGCCACAACUUGGGGCUGCAGCCCGCCCAAGCCUCCGGCACCCCCUUUCCAAGGCGGUGCACAGCAGAGAGGAGAGGUGGGGGUGAUCCGGCAACUCCCGAAGGGGCUGCCCCUCUGAGAACGAGAGCGAGCGCACGGAGGCAGCAGCAAGAGGAGUGCUCCACGCCCGGGUCCUCCAGAGGGGACCCGCGACUGGCACCCCCCUCCAUCUCCACCACCAGCAGCAAGGUUCUCCCAGCAGGAGAACUUGAGUGACCAGAGCACGAAUUCAUUUGGAAGAGUGUUCAUUUUGCCUGCUGCUUCGUUCCUGGAAACUGUGCUGUGACUCUCCAAUUAAGGCUGAUCUCACUUCACAUGAUUCCUUCAAGCGCCAUCCAAUAGGAGAAUAAAAAAAGAAUCUGAAAGAAAAGAAUAUCCUAGAGUUUCUAACAAAACACUACAUCUAAAUCUAAGAUGGUGAGCGAGAGUCAUCCUGCAGCCCGGGCAGCUCCACCUGUCACCCCAGUGGCCACUGUGCUCCCACACAAUGCCACAGAGCCCGCCAGUCCUGGAGGCAAAGGGAAGGAAGAUACCUUCUCCACGCUGAAGAAGUUUAUGAAUGAUCUGCAUAAGAUUCCAUUGCCACCAUGGGCCUUAAUUGCCAUAGCCAUCGUUGCUGUCCUCUUAGUCCUGACCUGCUGCUUUUGCAUCUGUAAGAAGUGCUUGUUCAAAAAGAAAAACAAGAAGAAGGGAAAGGAAAAGGGAGGGAAGAAUGUCAUUAACAUGAAAGACGUGAAAGACCUAGGCAAGACCAUGAAAGAUCAGGCCCUUAAGGAUGAUGAUGCUGAAACUGGACUGACUGAUGGAGAAGAAAAGGAAGAACCCAAAGAGGAGGAGAAAUUGGGGAAACUUCAAUACUCACUGGACUACGAUUUCCAAAAUAACCAGCUGCUGGUGGGGAUCAUCCAGGCUGCUGAACUGCCUGCCCUGGACAUGGGAGGCACGUCGGAUCCUUAUGUCAAAGUGUUUCUGCUGCCAGACAAGAAGAAGAAGUUUGAGACAAAAGUCCAUCGCAAGACCCUUAACCCUGUCUUCAACGAGCAGUUUACCUUCAAGGUUCCCUACUCAGAACUGGGAGGCAAGACCCUGGUGAUGGCAGUGUACGACUUUGACCGCUUCUCCAAGCAUGACAUCAUCGGGGAAUUUAAAGUCCCCAUGAACACGGUAGACUUCGGCCAUGUAACAGAGGAGUGGCGUGAUCUGCAGAGCGCUGAGAAGGAGGAGCAAGAGAAACUGGGUGAUAUCUGCUUCUCCCUCCGCUACGUACCCACCGCCGGCAAGCUGACUGUCGUCAUUCUGGAGGCGAAGAACCUGAAGAAGAUGGAUGUGGGGGGCCUAUCUGAUCCUUAUGUGAAAAUUCAUCUGAUGCAAAAUGGCAAGAGACUGAAGAAGAAAAAGACAACAAUUAAAAAGAACACACUUAACCCCUACUACAAUGAGUCAUUCAGCUUUGAAGUCCCUUUUGAGCAAAUCCAGAAAGUGCAAGUGGUGGUAACUGUUUUGGACUAUGACAAGAUUGGCAAGAAUGAUGCCAUCGGUAAGGUCUUUGUGGGCUACAAUAGCACCGGGGCGGAGCUGCGACAUUGGUCAGACAUGCUGGCCAACCCCAGGCGACCCAUUGCCCAGUGGCACACCUUACAGGUGGAGGAGGAAGUGGAUGCCAUGCUGGCGGUCAAGAAGUAAAGGGAGGAAGAAGCCUUUCUGCAUUUGCCCACACAGUACUCUAGCCAGUCUUUGUAAAUACCUCAGUAAUGUGGGUCCUUUCAUUUCUCCAGCCAUGCGUUCCCAAUACAAUUCAGUGGUACUUCAAAUCCUGUUUUCAUUUGCACAGAUUUAAAUGUAGAGAACCCUAAGCCCGUCACCAUGCCACCACCCUCAAAAUCUACUCUUCUUUUAAGCAAUAUGGUGUGUAGAUAGAGCAUGACUGAGAUUACUUAUUGUAUCACGCCGUUGUACAUACCAGUAUGCUAAAGAUUUAUUUCUAGUUUGUGUCUUUGUAUGUUGUGUUUCCUAAGCUGUGUAUAUCUAGAUGUUUUUAAUAAGAUGUUCUAUUUUAAACUAUGUAAAUUGACUGAGAUAUAGGAGAGCUGAUAAUAUAUUAUAUGGUAAAUAUAGUAUCGUCUGCAUUCCGGCAAAAAUUAUUUAUAUAUAUAUAUACAUAUAUAUAUAUAUAUCGAGUUGUAAGGCACUAGUCCAGUGAAACUGACAUCUUAAAGGACAACUUAAAGCUGAGCUUUCUAUUGGUUAUUUGACCACCAAGAUACACCUAUACGCCACAUCCUAGUAGGUGAGUCCAACUUUGUAGAAAUUCCUCACAGGCAAAGCAGCACAGUCUGAAGGGCACGCCGAGGCUGAUGUCCAGGAAGCACAGCCAUAGACCAGAACAUCAUCGGUCUGCACGUGUCUACCAAGCUUGGGACACAGCUGCACUCUGACAUCUGAGGGAACAGCUGAACUGUACCCAGUAACUUCAUAUACUGCAUAUACUGCAGACAGAAUGGAAGCGCCAUGGCCCCCACACGUGCUCGCGCAUGUGUGUGUGUGUGUGUGUGUGCGUGUGCGUGUGCGUGUGCGUGUGUUGCAUAUCCCUAUGAGGGUAUGUGUCUGUCUGGAAGCUAGGAGAGUGGAGAAGAACUGAGGGGAGAAGUCAGCAUUUCUGAAAUAUUGCCUGACGAUUUCAAAAACAAACAAACAAACAAAUAAAACAAAACAAAAAAAUAGCUCUCCGUUGUCACCUUUACACAAACGUGCACCCCGUGAAUUCUCCUCCAGAUUUCACGCCUCUAACAAUUCCAAAACGUUUGCACAUUCGACUUUGUAACACAAUAUUUUGUUAUACAAAAACAGAUGAGAAGGAAUGCAGAAUAUUUUUCACACAGCCAUCUGUGCUUAUUACACAAAAUCAUUUUGUGGUCAAACAGACAGUAUUGUAAUCCCAUCAGAAGAUGAAAAAAAAAAAGAAGAAAUAUAUAUAUAAACAAUUAGCCAUAGUUCUGAAUGCACUUCAAUUAAGCCAAAACAAAACAGCUAGUGGUCUUUUUUAUAUGCUCUUUUUACUUAAAUAAGUUUUAAUUUGUCCUUUAACAAAAAAAAAAAUAUAUAUAUAUAUAUAUAUAGGGUGAAACAAAACCAAGAACAAGUUCUAGAAAACUGAAGCAACCUCUUCUGUACACUAGAUGCUUGACUGAGGGGUGUUUUUAAAUGUUUUCAAUGUUAUUAUGUAGUAAAUGGCACUAUUAUGAAGCUACUAGUCAUUCCAUAAGAGUCUUAAAGGACUGCUCUGUGUAACACUGUGACUGCUGUGUGUGCUUAGACACCUAGUUUCCUCAGUGGAUAGCACUCAACUUAUUCUGUAGUGAUAUUGUAACAAUACUGCCAUUCCCUUCUACUGCACUGCCCAAGGUGUGUGUAGCACAAACAGUUCUUAUUACAAAGGACCAAUUCCGAACUGAAAAGCUAUGCAUAGGACUAGAAAGAUACAUAGAACGGGGUGAAACACACAGCUUUUUGUCAAGCACUGUGCAAUAUAUUCCAUACUUUUCCCGAAGAUGGGUAGACUUCCCAGCCCGCGGAAGGGUUGCCCAUUGUCUCACAAAGCAUUGAGUUUUUCCUUCCAUCACUACCAGUGACCUAGUUGAACUUCUGGGCCACGGCUGGUAGGAAUGCUCUAAAGUGAAAGCCUACCUUCACAAAUAGCAAAACAGAACAAAAAGAGCAUGAGCACUGGCCUCGUGUUCAGACUUUAGGAUAUCAAGCCACGUUUCUUCCAGACUCAAAGAGAAUUUUUAAAAGGGCUGACAGUAUAGGCUUUGAACAUGAGGUUGGCUGUUUCCUGACAGAGCUGAUUCUAGUCACAAUACUUUGCUCAUUGAUACAAAAGGCAGCCAGCCCUUUGGCCUUUUUCCUCCCAGCCACAGCAAACUCUACAGAACUGGUUCAGACACAAAGGAUGGUCCUUUUUUAAAAGAAAGUAUAGAGAGAUAACAGAGAAUGUACUCAUGAAGGGAGACAAAAUACCAGAAUGAAGGUAAAAGCCAAAAAAGCAUCGUUCCAAUUUAAAGGACCAAGCCUUUACCAAAGACGAGGGAGUUGACUGACUUGUUCCAAGUUUUCUUAAAUACCAGAAACUGACAUUUAGUUGCGUGACAUGCAAUGUCAGGUUGCUCAGGCAGACGGCAGGUUUGAGUUGCCGGACACACAUCACUUCCUGCAUUGAAGUACUACUAAUGCAUUCUCUCGUAACACUGCCAGACAUGGAACUGUCACCAUAGAAUUAGUAGGUACUCUGUCAUCUUUCAUGCAUCAGUGAGCGACCCUGCUUCAAGACCAAGAUUCAUCCUCAGAUAAGCCACAUGUACCUUUCUGACAAAGCUGUGUGAAGUAUUAGAGUCCGACACUCUAGAAAGAUCCUAGUUGCCUUUGUGUAUAUUUACUGCCUGCUUGAGUGUUCCUAUGUGUGGGUUUUCUCUGUAUCUUGUAGAAGUGUUGGGGUGUUUUCUCCUGCCAUAAGGCUCGUGGCCCGCGAGCCCCACUACUUUAGCUAGCUGUAUCUUACCUUUGUUUUUGAUGAGGUGGUUGAAAUUUUGUUUCACUUUGUGUAGUGAAUUCCACAGUAGUUUUCCGAUUGUUGUUUAAAAAAAAAUGACAACAUAUUACACAGAUAGUCAAUAAAAAUGUUUUAUUUCCUGUU